AUGCUGGCACUGGCCCUCACCGCGGAAUUGGAAGGCGUAACCGACUUGGUCCCUUCCGACAAACCUGAAACUCCAUACUACUACACAUUCAAAGUACAAUGCACGUCCUGUCGAGAGAUCCACCCAAAUUGGGUGGGUGUUAGCCGUCAUGAUACGAACGAACAAUCAGGGAGCCGGGGAGAAGCGAACUUCGUGUGGAGGUGCAAGAACUGCAAGAGAGAAUCCAGCGCCAGCAUCAAAGCCGCUCCGGCAGUUUACGAACAAAGCUCGCCCGCCAAACCCAAAAACAUCAUUGAGAUUGAUUGCAGAGGUCUGGAGUUUACUGACUUCAAAGCAGACGGGGAAUGGGAGGCCAAAGGCAUUGAAUCGGGGACGAAGUUCACCGGAAUUGACCUGUCAGAAGGGGAAUGGUUUGACUAUGAUGAAAAGGCAGGUGAAGAAGUCAGCAUCAAGGACAUCAAGUGGGAGAUUCGAAGAGCUUGA